CUCCCCGGAUCCUCCCUGAAGGGUCCCGAGGUGCAGCCUGCUUAUGUGCGAGUGCGCGUACGUGCAUCGAAGCGUGUGUUUGCGGCUAUGGAUGGACUGCGUUUACCUCCACUCAUCGAGGAGGCUUCGGACUCUACAGAUGACCCGUGCGAUCUGAAAGCAGAGGGCAGCCCCACCAUGGACAACAACAUCACUGCAAAGGAGAGAGGCGUGCUGGAGGAGAACAACGAGAAGGAGGAGAUGGACCAAGAGAGAGCUCAGGAGGAGGAGGAGGAGGAGGAGAAGGAGGAGGGGAAGAUGAAGAACGAGCAGGAGCCACUGACGGAGGAGCAGGAGCUGGAGGAGCUGAGGGCCCAGGUGCUGGAACUGCUGCUGGAGCUGGACGAUGCCAGAGAGAUCGCCAACAAGCACCAGGAGACCUUCCAUGAGCUGCAAGGACUGCUGGAGGAUGAGCGUCUGGCAAGUGCCCAUCAAGCUGAAGCCUUCACACGGCAGAUCCAGAAUCUACAAGCCCAGCUGCGCUCUGUGCAGGAGGAGAUGGACAGCCUGGAGGAGGAGAAGGAGAGCGAGCUGGUCGAGGCCCAGGAGGAGCUGCGCAUCGCUCAGGAGGAGGUGAUCCUGCUCCAGCAGGCGGCGGAGGAGGCGGCGGCCGAGAGGGAGAACGACAUCGCCUCGCUGCAAGAGGAGCUGUGUCGCCGGCGGGUCGAGCUGCAGCGCCUCAGCGAGGAGACCCAGGAGUACGAGCUGGAGAUCACCACGCUGAGGGCAGAGAUCGGCAUGAAGAGCCAGCGCAGGGAGGCCGAGAGGAGAGACGGUGACAUGGACCUGCUGAAGGAGGAGUGCCGUACGCUGAGGGAGGAGUGUCAGACCCUGAAGGAGGACAACAUACGCCUCACCGAAAGGCUGCAGCUGCUGCAGAGACAGAGGACAUGCUCCAGUGUCUACCUCUCACUUAAAGAGGAAGACGGGGAGGAAGGCACGGAGGGGAAGGAGAUGGGGACCGGCUCGGAUGAGGUCAUAACGGAGAGUUACAUGACCAUGGCCAAGUCCAUUAACUGUCGCCUGGUGGACGCCUCCAUCCAGAAGAAUAUUUCAUUCGAUGGGAAGCCAGUGACAUCAACCAGCUGGAACGGAGGCACGGGGGAGAUUUUCUCCCUGAGGGAGCAGCUCAAACAGGCAGAGGAGAAGGCCUCUAAGGUUGAGAGAGAGUGCAACGGUCUGAAGGUGGAGCUGCAGGAGCUGCAGGUACUGUAUGACAGCAGUCAGAGGGAGCGAGCAGAGCUGGAGGAGGAGCUGCAGCGCUGCAAGGCCGAGCUGGAGAAGCUGUCAGGAGGCGCUCAGAGAUUCACCCAUCCUUCUGAGCACCCUGUUCUCUCCAUCCCCUUCAUAGGAAUGAUUGUAAUAUUGGCUGUGGUCUGGUGCUGGUUGUCGGAGCUGGCAUCCCAGAGGGCAAGGGGAGUGAGGUAGGUUGGAACUCCAUUUUGACUAUCACUGCAGCCACAGCGGUGCUGCUGAUGAUGACGAGCUUGUUGAGAGCUCUCGUCCGAUGUUGAUUGGAUGGGCAACAACUGCGCGGGGGCCCGAGGUCUGCUUCAGACUAGCCCUCGUUCUUCUCCCGCCACGUUUACGGACUCAACUGUAAUCCUCUAAAUGUGCUGGAGCCGACAGCUGUGUAGAAGAAAAAAAUGAUGUUGCCAAUGAGACGGUCCUACGUGCGCCGGGAACGGCUGCGCUCGGUCACGCCCGAGAUUGAAGAUGAUGAUGGGUUGGCCUGCAGAGAGCCCACACGAGGACUGGCCUCACUCCACUAAGUGUGUGCUAGUGCUGCGUCACUCCUCCUUUGUGUCUGUGAAUACUGUAUAUCAUUUUCCUCGCUUUUAGUAAACAAUGUGACAAAAAACAAACAAAUUUAAGGUUUUAAUUGCUUAUGUGCACCUAAUCUUUUUUCAAGUGUAUUUAACCAUUAUUUAUUCAUUCGUAUUGUUCAUAGUUUUAAGAUAGAAGAUAGAAUCUGGACAGAUAAUGCACUGAAACGCUCACGUGUCCUAUGUAUUUUUCUUUUUUUGUGAAUAAGUUGACUAUUAAUUACUUGUAGCUUUCCUCUCGAAUACUGAAUGCUGAAUGCAAUCCUCCUGCCACUGAAUUAUGACCAAAACAUGGAAUCUGUACGCACCAAUGCUACGCUACAAUCAGAAGAGCUAUGGCUAAAUAAACACCUGUCAAUCUAAACCGAGCUUAUACGGCUUAUGUUAAAUCCUCGCUGGUCUUCUUCACGGUGCGCAGGCUCUGUCUCUUCUGCCUGCCUUACGGUUGAUUGUCUUGUGUCUCGUCUCUGAAGAUGAACAACUCCCACUUUCCUCUUUAAUUAUCAGUUGGCCCACGAAGCCAGAAAGCCUUCGCUGUGUUUCUCAUUCUUCUCACCUGCCCACAGCUCACUUUGCAAUUCUGAAAUCUUACACCCACGACGACAUUGUUACCCACGCAUAGGUUUUCUGAAGUUUUGUUAAAGUAUGUGCUCGCAAAGAUAUCUUCGCAACUUUGGGACCCAAUUGUAGAACAUUCAAGCUGUACGAUAAAGUUUUAUGUCUAACGUUUCAAAGUGCAGUAAUAAGCUUUUGUUCUUUUUAUGGCUAGCGUUAUAGUAUUGUCCUUUAGAUUGAUUGCCUUUGCAGGUUGUUGCAGGUACUCGAGAAUGUUCACUGCGUUUGGUUUACUGACAAUUAGCUUUACGUAACAAACUGCAGAUCUCAUGAAGUGAAAGAUCAGGGUUUAGUAGUGUGAGGCCGUAUUAGAACUCUGUAUGGUUCCAAAAUAUGUAAAUAGGAAUGUGUCAGAAAAAAGGUUUUAGCAUUAAUUACAAAAACUAUAAAUGUAUAUGUGAAAGAAUUUAUGUUUACAAUUGUGAAACGCUUUGUUUGUGUGGGAAAACCCUCCAGAACUGAAAAGAGCAUGUUAGAAAAAACAAUAGCAGCAAAAUAUAUAUUUUAUGUUCAUUAAGUUCAUUUGUAUUUCAUGUAAAUAGACAUAUGGUACUACGGGAGAGAUGUUUCUAAAAUCCAUUUGUACUAGCUUUGUAGAAACUUUAUUCUAUUUUGAAAGAGCAUUGUAUAUUUGAUAGCCAAAUUAUAUUCUGUGUAAACGUUUAUUUAUAGUGACAUCACUAAGAAGAACUGCUUGUUCGCUAACAAUUUCCAGUAUCUGUUUGAAGGUGAUUUUGUCAUUGCAUGCAUGUAGAUUCAAUUUGAUCUUAGUUGCUAUGAGCAAUAUGACGUUGGUCAAACAGAACCUUGGUAGGCAUUGCCUGACCUGUUAUUUCUGCAUAUGAAAAUAUACUAAGGAAAGGCCCUUAAACUGCUGAUCUUGUCACUGUCUAUUAACAAAUUGAUCAGUUUGCAAUAGAAAUGAGAUUGCCAUUGAUUUAUCAGAUUUGUCUUGUCAUUUUUCCUUAUUUCAUGACUAUCAGCGCCAUCAUAGUUUCACAAGCGCAUAUCUUGUUUCACAGCUUAUUGUUGCUUGUUUGAUUGUUUGCAAUUUAGUUGUGGCUAUUUUGUUACCUGGAGGUCUAUUUUGUACCGCAAAUGACUUGAGAAAAAUAAAUAUAUGUGCCCCACAUGA